AUGAAAUGCGCUAACUUUCUCGCUCUACUCCCUCUCGUCGCUGCCCGGGGUUCUCAUACUUGUUCCAAUAAGAAUCAGAAUGCCACCACCCCUUUGGUUCCUGAAGAUUGCUGCUGCAUGACUUACAAGGCCGCCUGCACAAUGAACAUGGAGCGAGUCUAUCACGUCAAACUUUUCUACAACCGCAAGCAAGGCAUCACACCCGAGGAGUUCAACAGAUACUGGGCCUACAACCAUGCAGCCCUUGCCACUCCUUUUCACCUACGACUUGGAGUCGUGAAGUACUCCCAGUAUCAUUCAACUCCAGAACUCCGCGAUCUUGGUCGCGUCGAGGGUGCGGCUCCCGUUCUUGAAUUCGAUGGAGCGGCAGAGUUUUGGGUGCACAAUCUGGAGACACUGCAGGCCAUGGCCAACGAUAACGAGUAUAUCACCAAGAUCCAACCGGACGAAGCGAAUUUCAUGGACUUGGAGUCUGCUAGGAUGAUUAUUGGUGUAGACUACAUUGUGGUGGAGCACCAGAAUGCAGUCCAGCAGCAUGGGCGCACGUUCUGA